CCAAUAAGAUUCCAGUUAAAAAUAAUGCACCGCAAGAUGGAUUUAGUGUUGGUCAAUCGCCUAAUAAUUCCGAGUUGGAGAGUCACAUGUUGGAGAGUCCGGAGAUACGGAACGUAGAAGCUAUGAAGCAAACGGCGCCGAUUUCGCCUCUAUCGGAGGAGCGACUACAGGAGUUCCAAGAGUUCUUGAGGCGUGUCCAAACAUUGCAAAUGUCUCCGAUCCAAAUGGACCCAAAUGGCUACCCAGAGCAAGAACAGCAGCUGGCACAGGCACCGCGAGGCCAACAAUAUAACCCAUUAAUUGCAGACAUUGAAGUCGGAGUGGAACCGUCUACUUUGAUGGAACUCGAUGAGCUUGACGAUAAAAGGCCGUCCUCUAACCAGAAGCCAAUUAGUACCACAAACAUUCGAGUAACCGUUGGCAUAGAUAAAGAUUUGGAAAUGAUACUUGAAAUGGAUCCAAGCAUUGUAGAUUUGGGUGAUAUUACUGUUAGUGAAACCAGAGAAAGCCGCGUCAUGGGUCUGCCUCCAGUGACGGGUGGACCCACAUUCAAGACGGCGAUGCCCACGUCUCGGACACAGCUGAAACUCCAGCUGCAGCGCGAGCAGCAGCAGCAGGAACAGCAGCAGCUGAUGAUGCAGCAACAGCAACAGCAGCAGCAGCAGAUCCUGCAGGCCCAGGAUCAGACGAUGCUAAAUGCGUUUGGCCUACCGCCGAGCUGCUUUGACUUUGAGGUUGCGAAUAGCAAUCGCAGCGGCAGUUCAUCCAGCUUGAAUCAAUCCGUGCAGCUGGGCCAAAAGGAACGGCUACCCGCCUCCAGUCCUGUGGCGCUCAAAGUACCUCUACAGAGCAUCGGUGUGGAUGUGCCGCCUCAGGUGCUUCAGGUGAGCACAGUUCUUGAGAAUCCGACGCGGUAUCACGUCAUUCAAAAGCAGAAGAAUCAGGUGCGACAGUAUCUCAGUGAAUCGCUCAAGCCAUCCGUCUGGGGCCAAAAUUUUGAGAGCAAAGCCGGCAACAACUCGGCCUCGACUGGGAAUCUGCAAUGCAGUAGCGAGGUGAAUCGAAGACCGAAUAGCUUCGGAGGCGAUGCUCCGGGUGUUGGGAAAAAGACAAUGCAUUCGGACGAUUCGGCGCUCUUGUCCCCAUUUGGAGCCGGCAGCGGCGGAAAUUGCAAUUCAAGUUUUUUUGGCAAUGGCAUGGAAGGGAUCCAGAGUGCGGGGGAUGGCAGCGCAGGUCUAAUCAAGAGCUUGUACGGCGGCAAGGCUGCUUUAAGUUCAAACUCGGUUCGAACCUCUGGUAUACCAAAUACCAUGCGCAGCUCCAACUUUUCUGGGGCCAGCACAGCGAGUCCUCUGCAAUCGACGUCUGCGCCAAUGUCGCCAAGUCUAAGCUCUGUGGCAACAAGUGCUUCAGAGGCAGACGAUCUCUUUGAUGACAUACUUCAGAACGAUUCAUUUAAUUUUGACAAAACCUUUGGCUCCGAGCUAUCAAUUAAGCAGGAGCCACAAAAUUUGACUGACGCCGAAAUCAAUGCAUUGGCCAAGGAUCGUCAGAAGAAGGACAAUCACAAUAUGAUUGAGCGACGGCGACGCUUUAAUAUUAAUGAUAGAAUCAAGGAGCUGGGCACUUUGCUGCCCAAGGGCAGCGAAGCCUUCUAUGAGGUUGUGCGCGACAUCCGACCCAAUAAGGGCACCAUUUUGAAAUCUUCCGUGGAUUAUAUCAAAUGCUUAAAACACGAAGUGUCGCGCCUGAGACAAAACGAAAGCCGACAACGCCAAAUGGAGCUGCAGAACAGAAAGCUGAUAUCUCGCAUUCGGGAAUUGGAAAUGCAGGCCAAAUCGCAUGGCAUACACCUCUCCGAUUUCAAUCUGACCUCCGUAUCUGCGCCCACGCCAGCCAAUUCGUAUCUGAAGUGCCCGAGCCCAACACUUUCGGCAUCCGUAGCACAAAGCCGGCACAGUGCCUCGCUUCUGGAGGAUGUCGGCGAGAACAAGCUGCCGGUGAUGAACAGCGAUCCUGGCAUGAGCCUGAAUCAAAUUGACGAGCUGAUGGAGGACUGCAAGCAUCCGGUGCAGGGCGGCGAUCCGAUGCUCUCCUCGCACAGCAGCCAUUUGCUGUCCGCGCCGCACUCGCCGAUAGGCAAUAGUUACGGACAUAAAAGUGGCUCAGACGCGGCCAUUUACUGCGCCACGACAGCAGGUGGUGGUGUUCACCUGGGCGAUGAUUUGCAGCGCGACUGUCGCCGUGCUGAUAGCAGCAGCUGCUGUGCCUCGUCGGAUAAUUGUCAGCACACGAGACGACAGCUGCAUCAGCAUAGAAGAAACGAACAAAAUGCAGCAUUUGACAUGUUAAACGAUUGCGAUAGCUCUGGACACGAUCCGCUUCUGUCUGCAUCGCAGCAAUCGCAUGCAGUCGACGAUGAUCAGCACCAGUCUGUGGACCUAUCCUCGGUCAUGAUAAAUGACUCGCUUACCUCGUUGGUAGACGAGAGCCAUAGCGAGCCCAUGCUGUUGGCACCGGAUGCGCUGGAUAUCGACCUCUAAGCACCAAUCAUUAUUGCCAUGUUGAGCAACUGCACCCAUUUGGCCAUGUCACGGGCUGACGCACACUUGAAAGUUUCAUGGAAUAGCUUAGUAUUAUUGCUUGCAUUGCAAAAUGCUUGACUACGUAUAUGAUAAGUAUUAAUGGAGAAAUGCUAAUAAUGCAGUUGUUAAAAUCCUUGCGUCACACAUCGAUCGCAGUAUGUACAAUGUGUAUAUAUAUACAUAAUUCAAGCAGACCGACUUAUAUUUAGCACAUUUGUAUAUGACUGUCCAUACAAAUGCAUUCCAAUGUUCCAGUGACUUUGAAAAGCAGCCAAUUAUCAAUUUUCCUGUACUUACUAUGCAGACAUUUUAUAUUUUAUUAUUUGGCAUAUUUUGUGUGUCGCCUAAGUUACCUCCAUUUAAACACCUCUUUUUGUUGAGUUUAACGCAGCCAGUUAGCAAGUUGUAUUAGCAAAUAAUUGAUAUUUAUCUUUAUGUAUUUUAAUGCUGAAAUGAUUUGUUAAUCACAAACAAACCACGCACACAUUGUACAUACAUUUAUCUUUUGAUUGCUGCGCGUUUUGUAUAGUUUUUUGUUUGUAUGCAUAAUUUAAAGUUGUUGAUUACAAAAUGUUAUAUA